GGUGCAUGCCUUUGCUGUGUGUGACACUGCGGAAUAUUUUCACUCUCAUAUCAAUCAGACGCUCACCAGUAUUGGUUUAGGUGACACGGUGAGGUCACAUGACAUCAUCAACAUCCAUGAGGGAGCAAAAGGACUAGGAUACGGCAUUUCAAAACCAGAGGAAUUGGAAUUCAUUAAAACAGUAGCCCAGCAGACUAGUAUUUUGCUUGACCACACAUACACUGGUAAAUCAGCACUAGCACUGACCAACGAGCUCAGGAAACACAGGUCAAAGUUCAAAGGAAGCCGAAUACUCUUUCUACAUUCAGGUGGAAUAUUUAGCAUGUUUGAUGGGCGGCUAGGAGAUGUUCUGAUGCAGUCAGCUGGAGAAACAUUGAUACAGAACUGGAUGAACGCUGAAGAUGAACCAACUAUUGUUUGAUGAUACAUUCAUGAGGGCAGCCUUCAUUAUUAUUAUUACCAUUAACCAUUCUGUAUUCAGAGCAAGUGAUCAUCAUUGACAUAGACAUAUUUUAACAAAAAUUUGAAUUAUUAUUUUAAACUUAGAAUUAAAGAAAGCCAAAUAGAAUAUGGAAAUGAUGCUCAUAUCAAUGCAUAGAAGAUGAAUUUUAUUUGACUUUAGUAUGUUUACAUUUUGACAUUAGGAAAAACUUAAUUCCAUCUUUCUUAUAUACAUAUACUGUAUAAACCCAAAAAUGUUUAAGUUCUAUCAAAUAAUGUCAUCAAUUGAUUAUAAUGUUUCAUAUGAUGUAUCAAAAUACUGUAUCUUCACUUAGCUUAUUAUAAGAAGAUGUGA